AUGUUCCAUGGAUUGCCAAGUGAAGACCCCAUUGACCACCUUGAUGAGUUUGAUAGGCUUUGUGAUUUGACAAAGAUCAAUGGUGUCUCUGAAGAUGCCAUCAAGCUGAGACUCUUUCCUAUGUCUCUAGCUGACAAAGCUCACCAAUGGGAGAAGAGCUUGCCCCAUGGCACAAUCACCACUUGGGAUGAAUGCAAGAAGGCCUUUCUUGCUAAGUUUUUCUCCACCGGUCGCACAGCCAAGCUUAGAGGAGAGAUAUCCAGCUUCAUCCAGCGAAACAAUGAGACAUUCGCAGAGGCUUGGGAGAGGUUCAAAGGCUACACAAGUCAGUGCCCACACCAUGGAUUCAACAAUGAAUCACUACUCUCCACUCUUUAUAGAGGAUGCUUGCCUAGGUAUAGGGAGAUGCUAGACACAGCUAGCAAUGGGAACUUCCUCAACCAGGAUGUAGAUGAUGGCUGGCAACUUGUGGAGAACAUAGCUAACUCAAAUGGAAGCUAUGGAGAAGAGUAUGAUCGCACCAACCGGAGCUCGACCCACCACUCGAUCGAGUCAGACGAAAAGUUGAGAAAAGAUGUUAAGGCAUUGAAUGAGAAGUUGGAUAAGCUGAUCCUAGCUCAGUCCACAAUGAAGAAAGUCAACUUUGUGUCUGCUGAGGAGAUGGAACCAGUCCAAGAAGGGGAGGAUACACAAUUUGCUGAGGUGUGCUACAUGAGCAAUGGGCAAGGAGGUUACAACAAAGGAUACUAUAAUUACAAGUCCAACCCUGCCAUGUCAUACCGCAACACUGAUGUUGCUAACCCUCAGGACCAAGUAUAUCCUCAACAACAAGCAGCUCGAUCGAGUCAGGUGCCACAACAUGGGUAUGGUCAAAAGAACAAUUACCAAGGACCACAAGGCACUUUCCCUGGACAACAAAUGAAUAUCCCACCAGGCUUCCCCCACCAACCGCCCCAGCCUGCACCUUCACAAGAGAAUGAGCUCAAGGCAAUGCUAAAGCAACUACUUCAAGGGCAAGCUGAUGGGGUAGUGGACACAAGCAAGAAGCUAGCUGAAAUAAACUCUAAGAUCGAGAACCUCAACACAAGGGUUUACUCUCUGGAGAAUCAUGCUUCUUCUGUUGCUGCUGCUACAAAGCAAGGACAACUACCUGGUAAAGCUAUUCAGAACCCCAAGGAACAGUGCAAGGUCAUCUUCACUCAAGAAGGACUUGUUGAAGAAGAGGAUCAAGAAAGGGUCAUUGAAGAUUUUUGUUUACUGCUGAAUGAUGAAGAGAUUGUUGCUGCUGAGGCUCCUGGAGUCCAGAUUGAUCAACCAGAAGUGCAUGCACCUACUGUGGCCAUUCACACUUCACCAGUUGAGCUCGCACGACAAGCUCGAUCGGCAGCUCGAUCGAGUCCAACUCUAGCUCGAUCGAGUCCGACCUCUUCUGUCCGACAGCCUGUUUUGCUUGAUCCUUACCAACCGGUUGCCGCUUCCUCGUCUCGCCUACUUAGUCAAGGUCACAAGGAAGUGAUUCACAAGUUCAGAAGAGAUCUCAGUGGGAUUGGAAUUGAGUUGCCUCCUAUGGAUAGCAUGAGUGAGGCAUUUGAUCAAAUGCAAAUGGUCAAGGAUGUUCUAGCCAACAGUGAUAAAGUUUCAGAGGUCCUACAAGAGUCUACUCAUCAGUUCAACCUGCUUACUUCACCCACCUUCCUACCAAAGGUCAAGGAUCAAGGGAAAUUCACUCUCCCUUGCACACUUGGGCAUCUUGAGAUUGACAAUGCCUUAGUGGAUUCUGGAGCAAGCAUCAAUCUGAUCUCUCUCUCCAUGGCAGAGAAGCUAGGCAUAGCUGGAGCCUUGCAGCGCCCUACUACUUCAAUCAUGUUUGGAGAUGCAACUUCUAAGUCUCCUCUUGGAGUGUUCAAGAACUAUCACUUGAAAAUUGGAGAAUGCAUCAUCCAAACUGAUCUCACUGUGAUGGAAAUGGAAGAAGAGAAGGAUUUGCCUCUGUUAUUGGGAACCCCUUUCCUUAGUACAGUUGGCGCUUCAAUAGACUUUCACAAGCAAGAAGUGAUCCUUCACAAGGUGAAUAGUUUGGUGUCAUAUCGCUUGCAGCCUAGAGGUUCAGACUUUUGUGCCACAAUUGACAGUACCAAUCUCAGUUCUAAGAGUCAUGGAGCUACAAAGGUUGUGAAGGAAAGGGUUGACAAGGAACCAAGAGUUGGGAAGGAUAAGGAUGAGAGAGGACCAAGGAUUGAGAAGCCACGUCUUGAGAGGGCUAGAGUUGAGAAACCACGAUCUGAUAGGCCAAGAGCUGAGAGACUUGUUCAAGCCCCUUGUGUGCUUGAUGAAGAGAGCCUUCAAGCUUUGUUUGAUGAGCCACUAGGAAGGGCUCUAAAAGAAGGGGAGGAUGCAGCCUCUAAGGCAAGACCAGGAGAUAAAAGAAAGGAUCCACCAGCUCAGGCCCCUUCAGUCAAGCCAUCUCAGCUCACAAUGACUUUGUUCCCCACCAAGUUUGAAAAUGGGAAGAUUGAGUACAAGAUAAGGUACAAGGGGAGAUCAAGGCCAUUCUCUAGAGCCAAGGCCUUGGUGACUUCAGAACAGUCCAGGGACCCAACCAAGCUAAAGGAGCUUCUGUCUCAAGUCCUCACUAUCACCCUUGAUGGUGGGACUAGCUCAACCAAUGCCUAA